AUGGUAGAACGGCAUCUCAAGAACACCAUCGCUCGCCUCAUACACAUCUCCCACAGCAUUCAACACCUCCAUCAAAUCCACUCCCAAAUCCUCACCUCCCCGAACCUUUCCUCCCACCACCGAUCUUUCCUCGUCUCCCGCCUCCUUCUCCAGCUCUGCGCCGCCGCGUCCUCACCGCUCUCCCUCCCUUACGCCGCCAGGAUCUUCGCCCACAUCCCCAACCCUUCCCUCUUCGCCUACAAUGCCAUCAUCCGCGCAAGUGCCACAGAAUCAAGCGGCCGCCAGUGCUUCAUCCUUUACAAAUCCCUGCUCCGCGGUGGCCUGCUACCAGACUCCAUUACCCUCCCAUUCGUGCUCAAAGAAUGCUCUAACAGGGCCAACAUGUCCUCUGGCCGAGCCCUCCACGCCCACUCCUUCAACCUCGGGUACGAAUCCAAUCUCUACGUUCAAAAUUCUCUGAUAACUCUCUACACGGACUGCGGGGCUAUGGACAAUGCACGCAAGGUGUUCGACGCAAUGCCCCAAAGAGACGCGGUUUCUUGGAAUUCAAUGAUUAUCAGCUUUUUGAGAGGCGGGGAGCUCGACUCUGCUCUCAAACUCUUCCGACAGAUGGAAAGUAAGAAAAACAUCAUCACUUGGAACUCCGUCAUAACGGGCCUUACUCAAGGCAGCCGCCCGAGGCAGGCUCUCGACAUUUUCCGCGAGAUGCACGACAAAAAUACAGUCCUCCCCGAUAAAAUAACUGUGGCAAGUGCCCUCUCUGCAUGCGCCUCACUUGGCGCAAUCGAUCAGGGAAAAUGGGUUCACGCUUAUUUACACAGAACCGGGCUCGAGUGUGACGUGGCAGUCAUGACGGCUCUAGUCGACAUGUACGGGAAAUGCGGUUACGUCGACAAGGCAACGAAAAUCUUCCGAGCGAUUUGUAACAAGGACGUGUUUGCCUGGACGGCCAUGAUCUCGGUUCUCGCGCUCAACGGGCUCGGGCACGAGGCGCUUGGGGUGUUUGCCGAGAUGGAGGGCUCUGGCGUGCGGCCCAAUGACGUCACCUUUGUGGCCUUGCUUUCGGCUUGCGUCCACUGCGGGCUCGUGGAUUGGGCCCGGUGGUGCUUUGACCGGAUGGAACGGGCCUACGGUGUGAGGCCCGGUAAUGAGCACUAUGCUUGCAUGUUGGCUGCUCCCUGCCAGUGA